UGCAGGAGAGCAUAUUAGUGCAUCUGAUAGUUCAGAUUAAGAUCAGGGGGCUUUAGGAGCAAACAACCUGAUUUUCAUUGUGUGAUCAGGACGACCGAGGACCACCAGCGCCAUGAGAGCUGUCCAGAACUGUCCGCUGCUACUGCUUUCUCUGGUCCUGCUAGCAACCAACAGUGAGGCUCUGCGAUGUUAUACCUGUAUGGGCUCCAACAAUGAUGACUGCAACCGGCAAGGCUCCAAAUCUUGUCCCAGCUACUCUGAUGCGUGCGCUGUGGUGGUGGGCCAUGACAGUGGGGUGAUGAAGUCAUGCUCCUACAAGUCUUUCUGCAGUCAGGCUAACAGCCAGGGCUACAGAGCACCAGGUGUCAGAGUUCACUGCUGCUACGGGGACGACUGCAAUGUGACAAGCUUCUCCUCCAGGCUGCCGGGACUCAGCUAUCUGCUGCUUUUUCUGCCUUUAUUGUUCCACUGCUUUUUCAAGUAGCCAUAUGGCUCAACUUCAUUAUGCCAACAAGUAUCCAUCUGCAACACAAAUGCCACCUAUGGUUGUUUUAUUUACUCCAGAAUUGCCAAAUAACCCUGACUCAUUUCACAUUACAUGCUGUCCUACUUAUUGCCCAUCCACUGUGCUUUGAUUGACCUUAUUUAUCCAAACGGAAGCUUAGACAUCGAGGACUUACUGUAUGUAAAAGAUCUUGAGGUUCUAGGUGUGACUGCGUAGAUUAUAAGCAAUACAUUGGAUUAAAUCUAUUAAGAAGUACUCAAUUAUGCAUCUUUCAAUGGAUUUCACUAAGCCAAAUAACUAGAGGAUUCUAUGGGAAGUGCUGAAAUAACAGUAAGAGAUCAUUUAUUAUUUGUUUAUUACAUCAAAGGGGAAGAGAUGCUGUUUGAGCUCAACGGUUUCCUCACCCUGGUUUGAUGAUCAGCACACAAUUUGAGAAACCACUCGAUAAUAGGAACAUCUAUUGUUGGAAAGGUGAUAGGUUUUAACUAAUCACCUUUCAAGAUACAUUUUAACUGCAUCUAUCUUCUUUUUUACCCACAUACCUACUGUAUAUGCCCUAGCAUUUCAGCUUAGCUCAUGUUGCAGCAGAUUCCUGUUGCUAAAUAUGGCACCAAGAGUUCAAUCAGCUGCUGUGUCUUAGCCUUCAACCUGUCAAUCACACAUCCAACGAGCUGUGUGAGAUAUUUUGGAAGGUGGUGAGAAACCACUGGAAAUGCACAUGAGCCUUUGCGUUGAUGAGGUUAAUCCACUGUAUUUGAAGUCUUAGCAUGCCUCACUGGAGGACAGCCUAUAAGUAGAAGCCACUGUAUAUAUUGUAUCAAAACAAUUUAAUUAAGAGGCAAAAAAUGUUUAUUGUGUACUUUUCUUUCGCACAGAUUUUCUUGGAACUCAUUUUAGGAAAUUUUACAGAAAAAUGUGUAACUGAGGAGUUACGGUAUGUUAUUUUAGGUCCUGGCAAACUGCACACUCAAAUCCUUUGUGGAUACACCAUCACUAUUUUCUGUUCAUUUCUCAUAGUGUAUGAAAAUAAAUGUUUUAUAUAAUUUAAUUUAAAGAAACUAGGGAUGGCCAUCCUUGCUCCACUGUAUAUACUAUGUUGGAAGGAUAUAUAUUCCACUAUUAAAUGGCAGAACAGAGCUAAUACUGGAUGUACAGACCAAAUGUCUU